UGAGCUGUGAUUGGACGGGAAGCCAGGUGCUGUAGUGCAGGGUGUACGCUGCUUCUUCAUCGUCGUAUAUAAAUACACUUCUACCGGACUGGCAAAGGCUGGUAGGCUGAAUACAAAUAACAACGGAGUACUUACUCUUACCAUCGCUGGGGUUAACUUCACACACAGGAUGCCUGGAUCAGCCUCAAUCAGUUGUUUGGGACCAUGGCCCAAAGAUGUGGGUAUCAUUGCCAUGGAACUGUACUUCCCGUCCCAGUAUGUUGAUCAGGCCGAGCUGGAGCAGUUUGACGGCGUGUCAGCAGGUAAAUACACUGUUGGCCUAGGCCAGGCUCGUAUGGGCUUCUGCUCAGACCGUGAGGACAUCAACUCUUUGUGCCUGACGGUGGUCCAGAGGCUGAUGGAGAGGAAUGGUCUGUCCUAUGACAGUGUGGGUCGACUGGAGGUUGGCACUGAGACCAUCAUUGACAAGUCCAAGUCUGUCAAGACUGUCAUCAUGCAGCUGUUUGAAGACUCUGGAAAUACAGAUGUGGAAGGCAUUGACACAACAAACGCCUGCUAUGGCGGCACAGCUGCACUCUUUAAUGCUGUCAACUGGGUGGAGUCCAGCUCUUGGGAUGGCCGUUACGCUUUGGUAGUAGCAGGGGACAUCGCUGUGUAUGCAACAGGAAGUGCCCGGCCUACAGGGGGUGCUGGUGCUGUCGCCAUGCUGGUCGGGCCCAAUGCUCCUCUGGCCUUCGAGCGAGGUCUGCGAGGAACCCACAUGCAGCAUGCAUAUGACUUCUACAAGCCAGACCUGAUGUCCGAGUACCCUGUGGUCGACGGCAAGCUGUCGAUAGAGUGCUACCUGAGUGCCUUGGAUCACUGCUACUCUGUGUAUCGCAACAAGAUCCACGCACAGUGGCAAAGAGAGGGUUCAGAGAAGCGUUUCAGCCUGGAUGACUUUGGCUAUCUCGUCUUCCAUUCUCCAUACUGCAAGCUGGUGCAGAAGUCAUUGGCUAGACUUAUGCUGAAUGAUUUUCUGAGCCACCCCAGCCCAAACACUGUGACGGGACCCUUCACUGGCUUGGACGUCUUCAGAGAUGUAAAGCCAGAAGAGACUUACUUUGACCGGGAUGUGGAGAAGGCCUUCAUGAAGGCCAGUGCAGAUCUGUUUGAGAGGAAGACCAAGAGCUCCCUGCUGAUUUCCAACGAGAAUGGAAACAUGUACACCCCCUCUGUCUACGGCUGCCUGGCCUCACUUAUUGCACAACAAACACCUUUGCAGAUAGCAGGACAGAGGAUUGGCGUUUUCUCAUAUGGUUCAGGAUUUGCUGCCACUCUGUAUUCUCUCAGAGUCACACAGGACCAUACACCUGGAUCCAGUCUGGACAAACUUGUGUCGAGCCUGAGUGACCUGAAGGCCAGACUGGACUCGAGGAAGAAGGUUUUGCCUGCUGUCUUCUCUGAGAACAUGAAGCUGAGAGAGGAGACACACCAUUUAGCUCCCUACAUCCCUCGAGGCUCAGUGGAGGAUCUGUUCCCAGGGACGUGGUACCUGACACGGGUGGAUGACAAACACCGCAGGGAAUAUGCCCGAAGACCUCUGGACGAUGACCUGCCAGCAGAACCAGAACUUGUUCGCUCCAGUGGUGCCACUGAGCAUAUCCCCAGUCCCGCCAAGAAGAUGCCUCGCAUCCCUACAGCCACCGCCAGCCCUGACGCUGCCGUCAGCAACUGACAGCACUCUGCUUACCUCUGAGAGUUAUCGAGGUCCAACAGUUUGUAAUAACUGGACAACGCUAGAGGUCAGAAGGCUAGCAGGAGACAACAGUGUCGCCUCUAGAAUCAUUAUACGUUAAACUUAAUUAGGGUGAAGCAGUGGAGGCCUGUGGACAGCUGUAGACACUCCUACACUGCCUGCAUCUUUCCCAUCAUCCCCCUAUUGUCCACAUGUAGUGUUGGACAGUAAAUUCCACAUUUGAGUCUAUUUUGAUAACAAUAAAUUUGUUUUAGCAAUCAUUUUUUUUCUACACAUUUCCCUUUUGCAUUUGUGCAAAAUUGACAGUUGUAUAUUUGGGAGGAGUACAGGCAGACAUUUCCUCAAAGCAAGUUAAACAAGCAGACUUCCUCCUGGCAGCUGGCAGCCAGUGACAGGAAGAGGAAAUGGACAUCAUUCAUUUGGCCUCAGACCUCCUGCUGAUUAGAAGAACAUGGGGAAGUUGGCCUGAACUGUGUUAAUGUAUAUAGUGCAAAAUAGUGCUGCUGCUGCUGCUGCUGCUGCCGCCACAGCAACCCAGCGUGAGGGGGAAAUCAGACCCCCACUUUUCUGUUUGUGUUCAAUACCUCAGUGACAAGGUCAUUUUUCUACAGUUCAUCAUGUGACAGUGGGUGGGGUUUAAACUGGUUGACUGCUGUAGCUGAGCUAAUGUAGUCAACAUGUAAGAAAUGUUCAUCCUCACAGAAGAUGUCAGCUGUCUCAUACUUGGUGGUGAUCCUCAAACAGAACACGGUUCUCUUCCAUACAUGUUCAAGUGAAGCUAUUCUGGGUAACACCAAUGUUCUAUUAGUUUUUGCCUUUUAUUGCCAUGAAAUGUCAUUGAGAAAUGUGACACAGUGAGUAGCUGCUGCUGUUCUAUGUCAGGUUUAUUUCCUAAGUCAUCAGCUCUGUUUGUUUUUAAAAUUCAUAAAAAAAACAGCUUGAGAAGAUAUACUGCAGCAUAUGUUACAACAUACUUUGUAAUACUUGUAUUUAUUUUUUUGUGAUGAUGAAAUAAUGAUUCGAUUAAUCAAAAGUUGAUUGUCAGAAAAUGUUUGUGGAGGGAUUCAUUGUGUAACCAAUACAUUAAGCAGAAAUGCCAACAUUCUCUGUUUUCAGCUUCUCAGUCUGCUUUUUAAAUAUAAACCGAAUACUUUACUACUUCUUUACUACGCUCAAACAGAAUAAAAUGUUUGAAGAUGUAACCUUGGACUAUGGGAACUGGAGCUGGACAUUUUGACAAUGUUUUUUAGAUGUUUUUGCAGACUAGAUGAUUUAUCCGAAUGCAUUUAAUUAUCAGUUACAGCCCAAAUUCUUUCCAAACCACUUUGCAAUGUCACAUGUAGCGUCUUUGUCUUUCACUGCAACCACAUGUACAGUACAGUAACAUGUACUGAAAUGGUACAACAUAAUGGAGGAAGAGAAAAAUACCCACUAAGUUAUUUGAAAAAUGUUGUCAUCACAACAUUAUGGACUGCAGUAGUUGGACUGCAGCUUUUCUUAUUGUAAUGUUGCUCGGCAUUAGAACACACCUGGUGUGUGGCUUUAGACUUUUCUAAACUAACAACGACUAACCACCACCUCUCACAAACAAAACCAUAGAACCUUGAAGGAGGUAGAUUUAUUGCAGAGACUGUUUGAUUAGACUACAUUAGCUUUAGAGAGGUGGACCAGUUUAAAGUUUAAAUAUGAGCAGUGUCAUGUUAAAAGUCUGUGUGAUUAAUUCCUGUAGAAAUUGCCAGAUCAAAGGUUCCUCACCUGUCCUACAAACAUAAUAUGACUUUGCUCCAGUUUUCACUCUAAAGACACUAAACUGAAUGCAGAUGAGAUGAUGGAUAGCUGAGGGACCAGGGAGCAGAUGCACUGAGCGGCGUUUGCUCUGCCUCAUUAAAAAAAGCUCUAAAGCAGCCCCUGAAGCUGUAAUAUUCUACAGGAAAACAUACUCUACACUAUAUCAGACAAUUAAUUACGGACCAUUAUGCAAGAGUUGAGGCAGUGAUUGCUACAGUUUGAAUGUCGUCUCUCCUCAUUACACCAAACUGCUGCACAUUUAUAUCAAUCAGUGAAACAGCUGCUGUGAAUGUGAGCUGCAGUGUUCCAGUGUCUUUCCUCAUCAGUUUCAAGUUUCAAGUGUAUUAAUUCAUACUAAAGCCUUAAUGUCAAAGGGCUUUGUUCAAGUUAUAGGUCAGGACAUUUAAAUGCAACAAACAUAACUGAACAGAUGUAUGUCUUAUGUCAGCAUUUUUUUUGUUUUUCCUGUUUUAAUAUUGAUUUGACAAUAGCCGCGUCAGCAACAAGAAACCAAAUGUCGAAGCAGACCGAGCUCAGGCAGAAAGCGUCAUUGUUGGUGUGGUCCUGCUGAUGGCUGGACUGGCUCAUAGACUUGCACACAGGGAUUGGAGGAGUCGGGACAGUUGAUGUCAAGCUGACUACGUUCUUAAGAAGCCUUACAAUAAGCAUGUAUGAAGUGUAAACAGACAAAGCUCUUCUAAUAAUGUACAGAUAUUCUUUUUAAUUGUACAGUCAGAGUUGGUUCCUCUGUAGUCAGGCCUUGCUAACCAGUUUCACAAAUGCACACAAGGUCUCUGUGAGAGUAACAUUACAUCUGUGUUGUGUAUGUUUGUAGGGUCUCAGAGCUCACAUGAUCUUUACCACUGUUGAUGGUAAUGUACAAUACAAAGUUAAAGAUUAUUUAUGCUAUGUAGAUAUGGAUGAAUGGAUGUCUCAUAUUAAUUCUAUCCAGUUUGUGUAAAUGUGUAGAUUCAGAUUAAAUGGUCAUUCAACAAAA